GCUCACUCCCUGCGAAGCGACUGCGCGAUCGGCCUCCGGUGAACAGAACAAGAAACAAAACAACAACACUCGAGACCCCAAUAUCCAAUGCCAGCACCAAAGAACAGAAAAGUUGCCAUUGUGGGCAGUCGCUCUGUCGGCAAAUCUUCCCUGGCCGUGCAAUUUGUUGAUGGCCACUUCGUCGACAGCUACUAUCCGACUAUCGAGAAUACUUUUAGCAAGACCAUCAAGUACAAGGGCCAGGAAUUUGCGACGGAAAUUGUCGAUACCGCCGGUCAAGACGAGUACAGCAUUUUGAACUCAAAACACUUUAUCGGCAUUCAUGGAUAUAUGCUCGUAUACUCGGUUUCAUCUUUGCCUUCUUUCGAGAUGGUGCAAGUGAUCCGCGACAAGAUUCUCAAUCACUUGGGAACCGAUUCCGUGCCGAUCGUUAUGGUUGGUAACAAAAGCGAUUUGCGCCCAGAGCAGCGACAAGUUAGCGCUGAAGAGGGCAAGAGGGUCUCGGAGCGUAUCCAGUGUGGUUGGACCGAGGCCAGCGCUCGAUACAACGAAAAUGUUGAUCAGGCCUUUGAGCUACUGAUUGCACAGAUCGAGAAAGCCCAGAACCCGAACGAAGCUGCCGAAGCUGGCAAAUGUGCAUUGAUGUAGGAGAUGCAGCGAACACACCUAACGACGGUGGAGAUGCUCACAUAUUCUCCCCGUCCACAGCAACUCUUGUUGGCUUUUGGCGUCCUUAUAGCUCGCAUGUCGCGUCUGAGGAUCGGCCUCUAAGCACGAGCAUUGUGUUUGUUCUCUGCUCAAAGACCCGUCCACCGGUGCGGUACUCUACCCCUCCGAUGGCCAGAGGCAUGUCGCGACAAGAGCGCGCGGCCAAGCCGGGGAACGAAACUGGAUGACGUUCCAUUGUUGCUGAAGGGUCAUGCCUCGUCGCCUUAUCGCGCCGUUUGGGUCUCUUAGGCGGGCAUCGUGCGCGGGGUAGAUAAACGCACAUGCCAAGUCUGCAUCCCUUUAUGCAUAAUCAUGCUUUGGAGUCUUUCCUGAAGCUAUUUAACUCGUGAUUACGGUAGUAAGCCGGUUUGGGAAACAUCAAGCCACUCUUUGUGUAGUGUGUCGGCGACAGAUGCAGGGCAUAUUAGGCACAGCAGCCUGAUAUGCAUAUGGUUGGUACCCCCGUCAGCGGGACGCGUUUGGCGACUUCGAUCAAUAUCAACAUUCAUAGGUAUUAGCUGUUCUCCUUCAAAGCUACCGCAAUAUUUCAGCUUGUUCG